AAAUUGUAGGAUUUUGCGUUAUAGAUAUGUAAGAAGACGGCAGUCCACGUGUGAUAGUAUUCGGGCUACGUGGAUGACGAGGUCCGGGAGAGGAAUGACGUGGAUUGAUGAGCCUGACUUGUAUGUUGGGCUCGGCCCAAAAAUUGAUGAGCCACUGGUCCAUUAAAAGGGGGCUCGGCCCAAAAAUUGAUGAGCCACUGGUCCAUUAAAAGUUCAGCCUGCUCAACUGUCGGGCCUGGUAGCUGUUGACGGGUCGAUCAAUUUCACUCGUUUCUCCCUGCAUUUGGGCCCGUUUGGAUGAGGGUUUUCAACAAGAGAUUUCACUAUAAUGCGUCAUGGAGUCGGAUUUUAAAACAAUUCUACGUGUUGGAAGGUGAGUGUUUUUGCAAUUAAGAAUUUAAAAAUAACUCUCACAUAUAGAUUUUUGAAAUAGCUGAUCCCAUAAACUGUUUCCAAAUCACUCUUUUUUCCCCUGUUCUUCCAAUUCUAGCCCCUCGUCCUUCAUCCCAGUUCAUCCUGCUGGCACUCUUCCUCCUCGCCGACAACCACACCCGACUACUUCACAUUCUCAUCAACGCCGCCCCACAUGACCAGACGUUACCAUAUGCCUUUCCAAUAUCGUCGGUCCAAUAGGAAAAUUCUUUUAUAGGAAUCCAAACUGGUAUAGAGUUUUAUGAGUAUAAAAUGGUUGAACAAUGAUCAAAUCACACUGUAAGUACAAAAUAUUCUAUCAUUCUUAUCUUAUACGAACUUUCAUAUGGUUUUACAAUCUUGUAGUUUUUGUGAGGAAAAACUCGGUAACAAAGAGCAUUUAGCUGUUUAUACACACACAUCUUGUGGCCUGUGGGGAACUGUUAGACGAUACCGAAAAAAGUACGCGAGACCAAGACUAGAUGGAUCUCACGUGAUUCAGCUACACGAUGAGUUUGACCUAAUCAUCGAGAUUCACAUUACUAUAUUUUCUUCUUAUUCGAUUUAGCACUUUCCAUCCUCUAUGUUUUUCAGUGCGCGCACGUUCGCCUGAGAAUCCCUAACUCGUCAUCGAAGUCGAAUCCAUGCGAAUUUAAUAUCGUAUCGAAUUGGUUCGAGAGUCGGCAUUCAGAAAGAUAGUUGUUUUAUAUAUAGGCUUUGUUGGGGGGGUGCUCCACUUGAUUCAACAUUCUAGCAAGUCGCAUCUACUAUAUAAGUUACAUCUACAAUAUAACCAUUUGUUAAUCUUUAUAUUUUUACCGGAACAUUCAUCUCGCUCAUAUUCAUCGAAAGAAAGAAGAUAUUGUUGCUUUUUCUAGUCUAUAAAGAACACAUGACAUCUAUAAAUCUACAUGUUAUCUAUUAUUCCGACUCAAGCUUAUCUCCUUUAGAACCUAUAAUCCAAAUUAAUAUAAGUAUUAUUACCAAUAGUCAAUAGAAUCCUCUUUAGCAUGGAGCCAUGGAAUAUGAAUGUCGGGAGAGAAACCGUGCAUGAGUGUUGGACGGGCCGGCCUAUAAAAGGGCCUGUCGUGGACUUAGAAUGCAAUAAAUGUAUUUCUUAUGGGGGCCCAUCAUGUAAACCUGUAAAGUAUUUCAUCACUAGGUAGAAUUUUGGAUUCACAUCUAGCGACUAGCAACCACUUCUUAUUCAUUAGGAUCACCUUUGAAAGAUUAUCUGAAUUCAUAUUCGUUUUAAUACGUUGUUCGGAUGAGGAGACGGAAAAAGUAUCGGAUUUGAGUUCAAAUUCAAUAAAUGUGACGUUAGGUCGCAUUUGUGGGGGAAUACGGAAAAAUCCACACCCAUCCCUUGUCACUUUCAAUUCCCCGCAUUAUUCCCGAGUAAAACAAACAUUAUUUUCUUAUUUUGCCUUGGACGAAAUCUAUAUCCUCCUAAGGAGCUGAAGAUGAAAAGACAUUUAUCAUUGGAAAACAUUUAUUUUCAAUUAAUUUCAAACUUGUACCAUAAGAUCACAUUCGAAAUUCAACUCUUGUUUAUCUUAUAUUAUAUGAACAAUGUUCAAUUCCUGUUUCGAACCCGACACGAACCUGAACCUAGAUAGAACAUAUGCAUAUCUAACCACAUUGGUUGGUGGUUGAUACAAAAAGGGAAGAAGCCAUUUGCCACUUUGGUUCCCCUUCACCUCCCCUCUUUGUUAGGAAGUUGGCCAAAGACCCAUCACAACAGUGACAUGAAUGUCAAAUUCAUACAAACAAGAACCAUGCCAAUUCACACUAAAAUGCCAAUAUAUGACAUGCCAUGCCACCACCACCCUCAACAUUUAUUGCAUUUACCUCCCCACCUAUACCCUUCUAUCUCCUCCCCAUUAUUAAGGCAUUAACUCUUUCCAUCUCUUCCACAGGAUUCAUUCAUUCACUACUGGUUUGCUGUUGUUAGUUGUCUGGUAACUGUUGUUUCACACAUAAAACCCAACAAUCAGAGUCAAAGAAAACACCAAAUUGGCCCAUUGGCAGUUUGGCAUGUUACUACUCCAUUUGAUUUCCCCUUCUCCUCCCCUGCUGCCUUCCAGCUAGAGUUUUAGGCCAUGGAGAUAGAAUCUGCAGCAACCAGCAACAGCAACUAUGUCAGCAAUGGUGAUGGUGAGGAGUUGAGGUCCAUGGAUCAUCACCAUGGUCGGAAUCCCAGAGGGAUAUACCUUGUUUGGGAGGAUCUAACCGUCGUGCUGCCAAAUUUUGGGAACAAGCCAACCAAGAGAUUGCUUCAAGGGCUUAGUGGGUAUGCUGAGCCCGGCAGAAUCAUGGCUAUAAUGGGGCCUUCAGGUUCUGGGAAAUCAACACUCCUUGAUUCUCUUGCAGGCAAACUGUCCAAAGAUGUGAUAAUGACAGGCACUGUUCUGUACAAUGGCAAGAAGAGGAGGCUGGAUACUGGUGUUGCAUACGUAACACAAGACGACGUGCUUAUGGGAACACUAACAGCCAGAGAGACGUUAACAUACUCAGCCAAGCUGAGGCUCCCUUCUUCCCUCCCCAAAGAGGAGCUCUCAGACAUCGUCGAGGGGACGAUCGUGGAGAUGGGGCUGCAGGAUUGCGCCGACACCAUCAUUGGAAACUGGCAUUUGAGAGGGAUAAGUGGUGGCGAGAAGAAGAGGCUGAGCAUUGCCCUGGAGAUACUCACCAUGCCGAGGCUGUUGUUCCUUGACGAGCCCACCAGCGGGCUGGACAGUGCCUCGGCGUUCUUCGUGAUCCAGACGCUGAGGAACAUAGCUCGAGAUGGCAGGACGAUCAUAUCGUCGAUUCACCAGCCCAGCAGCGAGGUGUUUGCCCUGUUUGAUGAUCUGUUCUUGCUGUCCAGUGGGGAAGUUGUCUACUUUGGUGAGGCGAAGAAGGCUGUCCAGUUCUUCGCCCAAGCUGGGUUUGCAUGCCCAAGCAAGAGGAACCCAUCUGAUCACUUCCUCCGUUGUGUGAAUUCUGACUUCGAUGCUGUCACAACAACCUUGAAAGGAUCCCAGAGAAUACGUGAUGCUCCUGGAUCGUCAGAUCCUUUCAUGAACAUGGCCACGGCGGAGAUCAAAUCCAGGCUGGUUGAGAAGUACAAACGGUCUAACUACUCCAAAGAGACCAAGGCUAGAAUCAAGGAAAUCUCAGCCAUUGAAGGGCUGGAAGUUCAGACAAGGAAAAGAAGCCCAGCAAGCUGGCGGAAGCAACUCUCAACUCUGACUCAAAGAUCGUUUCUCAACAUGUCUAGAGACAUUGGAUAUUACUGGGCCAGGAUAGUCAUCUACAUCGUCGUCUCCAUCUGUGUCGGCACCAUCUACUACAACCUGGGACAUGGCUACACUUCGAUUCUGGCCAGAGUGGCCUGCGGCGGAUUCAUCACAGGGUUCAUGACUUUCAUGUCCAUUGGUGGCUUCCCUUCCUUCAUCGAAGAAAUGAAGAUCUUUUACAGAGAGAGGUUAAACGGGUACUACGGGCCAGCAGUCUACAUCCUGUCGAACUACCUCUCAUCCUUCCCGUUCUUGUUUGCAAUUUCACUCAUUUCUGGCAACAUAUGCUUCCACUUGGUGAGAUUCAGGCAAGGGUUUUCCUACCUGGCCUUCUUCUGCCUCAACAUCUUCGCCUGCAUUUCGGUUAUCGAGAGCUUGAUGAUGGUUGUGGCUUCACUAGUGCCUAAUUUCCUCAUGGGACUCGUCACUGGAGCUGGAAUCAUUGGGAUCAUGAUGAUGACAUCUGGUUUCUUCCGGUUGCUGCCCGAUCUCCCCAAGAUAUUCUGGCGUUACCCGGUUUCUUACAUCAACUAUGGCGCCUGGGGACUUCAGGGCGCGUACAAGAACGACUUCAUAGGGGAGGAAUUCGAGCCAUUGGUGCCCGGGGACCCCAAGCUCACGGGGGAAUUCAUCAUCACCAACAUAUUCGGGGUCUCGUUGAACCGUUCAAAGUGGUUCGACCUCUCGAUCAUCUUCGUCAUCUUGAUCUUCUACCGGAUCCUGUUCUACGUGGUCCUGAAGCUUAAGGAGCAAGCCCUGCCUUUGGUGAAGGACGCUUACUCGAAGAGGACCCUGCAACGGCUGCAGAAGAGGCCUUCUUUCAGGAAGAUGCCCUCCAUUGGUUCCAGGAGGCACAACUCCUUGUCCUCCCAAGAAGGCCUCAACUCCCCACUCCACUAGAACAAAAGAAGAAAAAAAACCACGUAUAAUAUAUAAGCAUAAUUGAAGAGAUAUAUAAUGAUUAUAUACACACAGAUACCUUUUUUCACUGUUGAGUUGGUCAUUUGGUGUUGUAAUGAGGGGUGGUAGCUAUUUUUUUUACUGGUAGUGAUUCUCAUUACAGUGAAAAAACAGGUCAUAAGGUGAAAACUCGAGUCAUGGGACUCUUUUUACUGAGAGUUGAUGUAAUAUUCUUUGGAAGUGAGGUGAAUUGGUAGCAGCAAGCAAUGGCUAGAUCAAGGAGUGAAAGAGAUUUGUAAAAAUUACACGGUUUAUCUUCUUCUGUAUCCCAAUAACUAGCCUUGUAAAAGUUAGCUUCUUCUUCACCUUCUUUCUCGCAACAAUGAAUAUUUUUUAACGAUUCAGAUCCGAGAUAUUGGACGAACCAUGAUGUUAAUGGUUUAUCUUCUUCUGUAUCCCAAUAACUAGCCUUGUAAGAGUUAGCUUCUUCUUCACCUUCUUUCUCGCAACAAUGAACAUUUUUUAACGAUUCAAAUUCGAGAUAUUUGACGAACCAUGAUGUUAUUGGAUUCGUCGAAUCUCAUUUGAUAAGAGUAAUAAGGAUUAUUUUACCAAAAAAAAAAAGAGUAAUAAGGAUUAGCAGAAAUG